UUAUGAAGUAUAAAAUGUUAUGCUUUUAGUGUCACUUUGACAACUAGAUGACAGAUGACUUGAUUUUCACAAAGCGGGUGUUUAUUAAACAUUUUCCAUAAAUACGAAUUAUGGAGGCAAAUUCUUCGAAAAAAAAAGAUGGGGAAACACGAUUCGAGACAUUCUACACCGAGGUUAAAGAAAUUGAAAAACGAGAUUCAGUAUUGACAUCAAAACAACAAAUAGAUCGUCUUUUGAGGCCUGGAUCAACAUAUCUUAAUUUAAACCCAUUCGAGGUCUUACAAAUUGACCCUGAUUUGCCUAUCGACGAAGUUAAGAAAAAAUACCGAAGGUUAUCUAUUUUAGUGCAUCCUGAUAAAAAUCAAGAUGACGCCGAUAGAGCUCAGCAAGCCUUCGAAGCUGUCAACAAAGCCUGGAAGGUUCUCGAAAACGAAGUCACAAGGAAGAAGUGCAUGGAUGUUAUCGAAGAGGCUAAGGGCAGAACCGAUAUAAUGCUCGCAGAGAAACGGAAAAAGGCUAAAAAAGAAGGCAAAGACAAAAUACCCGAAGAUGAUCCAGAGAACUAUAGGCAUGCCAUUUAUGUAUUGACAAUGAAAUUAUUUGCUGAUAUGGAAAGGAAAAGGAGGGAUUUAGCAGAAAGGGAUCAAGAAGAACGGAAACGGAAAAGAGAAGCUGAAAUUGAAGAGGAAGAAUUGAAUAAGGCUCAAAAAGAAUGGCAAAAGAAUUUUGAGGAAUCAAGGCAAAAUCGGGUAGAUAGUUGGCAGUCCUUCCAAGCAAAUACAAAAUCGAAAGCUAAGAAGUCCAGUAAGAAGAUAAAGAUGUUCCGACCACCACAAAACAAACCAGAGUCCAGAUAAUUUAAGAUCAACAAAAAAAUAAGGUGAACAAAUCCGUCUAAGAGAUUAUUUGCAGAAAUUCAAAAUCUUGCCUGGUCUGUCAUGAUUUUGUAAUAUUCCUACUGAAAUUUUUGAGUAGUGUAUUAUAGUCGAUAAGGAAUUUUGUAUUUUCAUAAGUUUCAUCCCCUACAUAUUGUGUUACAAAAAACAUUGAACAUUAAAUAUUUUGUUUCCAAA